AUGUCUUUAUUUGAAGGCGGUGAUAGACGUCGUUAUAAUCUACCUUCACAUGAUGAAGUUGCAGUUGUAUUUGUUGGCGAAGAUGGUGCUCCCCCAACUUCCAGGAAAGUUGUUAUUUACCCAAGAGGUCAUCCUUUAAAAAUUGUAUCAAGCAAAGUUGUAACGCAUGUUCAGGUUAUUGAGUUUCAAAAGUGUGGUUUGCCGCAUUCCCACAUUUUACUUCAUUUAGCAAAUGAUGAUAAACUUGAAUCAUCACAGGAUAUCGAUAAUUUGAUUUGUGCAGAAAUUCCAGAUCCGAUAGUUAAUUGGGAACUUUAUGAUAUUAUCAAAACUUGCAUGAUUCACGGCCCAUGUGGGAUACUGAAUCCAAAUUCUCCCUGCAUGAAUGAUGGGGUGUGCAGCAAAAAAUAUCCUAAUGAUUUUAAUGCCAACACAGUAGCUGUUCACAAUGGUUAUCCGCGCUAUAGGCGUCGUGAUAAUGGGUUGGUUAUCAAUAUUAAAGGCAACAAUGUAGAUAACCGUUGGGUGGUACCUUAUAAUCGUUGGUUAUCAAAGAAAUAUCAAGCCCACAUUAAUGUUGAAGCUUGCAUGUCUGUAAAGGCUGUUAAAUAUUUGUAUAAAUACAUAUACAAAGGGCAUGAUUGUGCGAAUGUUUUGAUAAAUGAACAGGUUAAUCACGAUGAAAUAAACACUUUCUUAGAUUGUCGUUAUGUUAGUGCACCUGAGGCACUGUGGCGAAUAUUUGAGUAUCCCAUAAGUCAUAUGUCACACUCUAUUAUCCGUCUUAAGGUUUAUCUUCCUGAGAAUCAGAUUGUGUAUUUUAGAGAAGGAGAAGAACAAGUGGCGUUAGAUCGCUGCUCAACGUGA